AAUCAAGUAAAAACAAAAGCUCUGAUUUUCAACUCAACAGGUAUUAUCUUCCUGUCUCAAGGACCUUGCAUGCAUACUUUAUGUACACCCAGUGAGUGACUACAAUGACGAAGUACAGCCUCCCAGCUCUUUUCCUUGUGUUCAUAGUUCUGAGUGCCAGUGCAGCCAUAGAGUUUCCCGGGCUUGAGUUAUUAAUAUCUGACUGCAUAGAAACCAAAUGUGGUGUACGGAUGAGGUCCUGCCUAAGGACUAAUGAGUGGGAACUUACAGCCAAUGCCAAAGGUUGCAUUGCCCGUGACUGUAGAAAUGCCCUAAAGCUAUGUGUAAAACAGAUCCCAAAAGACGUACUUGAAUAUACCACAGCCACAGCAGAAAAAGCGGAGCAAUAUGCUGAUUAUAUUGUGGAUGUUUUCUCUGACUCCUACCUGCUCUGCUGGUUCAACACAGACAUUAACAAUGGGACUAAACUCAUUGACUGUGUAAUUGAUGAUGGCUUGAAGAAAAUGGAACCUUUUAUCAAUCUAAUUGGCUCUGCCCUGUUUAGUGACCCAGCCUAUGUGACAUGCUGGAUUGUUCACGUCGGGAAAGUGUUGACCUCAUAUAUAACUGAUACUGAUAAGUACAGCGAUCUCAUUAACCAAAUAGUGCUGAACAAGGCAAUUGAAGCAAAAAGGAAACCCUAUGAAUACCUGACGUGUUAUUCAAGGGUAAAUAUGGAUGGCUGCAUUAACAUGUGGGAUCGAAUUUUGGGUAAACCAUCAUGGGUGAAACAACAGAGCAAAGAUAUCCUUGUUACCUUUAUCCAUGAUGUCAUAUCAGCUUCAGUAAAAUGUCGGAAGUCCUGAGAAGAAAAGUCUCUUCACACACACACAUGCACGCACACACACGCACACACACACACACACACACACACACACACACA